ACAGAGCCAGGCUGAGCUGGCAGCCACCCACGACCCCACUUCCCUGCUAUGAUGGCCCGCCUGUAGCAGGUUACUGAACCCCCGCGGGCAUGUAGGCAGAGUAGCGGCAGCCAGGUGCGUAGAGCCACAAGAGCUCUAGGGCACUCUGGGGGCAGUUCUGCCUGCUGCGCUCUCUGGUGCCGGGGAAUGCCCAACUGCCAGGCGAGCUGGUAAGGAUAAGAACGUUCCCUUUUGGCCCGAGUCCGCUGCAUCCAUGGCGCUGCUGGCCAGUCUGGUGCUCCUGUGCUGCUUGGCACUUCUGACGCUGCCAGCCCAGAGCUGCGGCCCGGGCCGGGGGCCGGUUGGCCGGCGCCGCUACGUGCGCAAGCAGCUUGUGCCGCUGCUCUACAAGCAAUUUGUGCCCAGCGUGCCCGAACGGACCCUGGGCGCCAGUGGGCCAGCCGAAGGUAGGGUUGCCAGGGGCUCCGAGCGCUUCCGGGACCUGGUGCCCAACUACAAUCCUGACAUCAUCUUCAAAGAUGAGGAGAACAGUGGCGCAGACCGCCUGAUGACCGAGCGAUGUAAGGAGCGAGUGAACGCGCUGGCCAUUGCUGUGAUGAACAUGUGGCCGGGAGUGCGCCUACGGGUGACUGAGGGCUGGGAUGAGGACGGCCACCACGCUCAGGACUCACUCCACUACGAAGGCCGUGCCUUGGACAUCACCACGUCUGACCGCGACCGCAACAAGUAUGGGUUGCUGGCGCGCCUGGCAGUGGAAGCCGGCUUCGACUGGGUGUACUACGAGUCCCGCAACCACGUCCACGUGUCGGUCAAAGCCGAUAACUCCCUGGCGGUCAGGGCAGGCGGCUGCUUUCCGGGAAAUGCCACCGUGCGCCUGCGGAGUGGCGAGCGGAAGGGGCUGCGGGAACUGCAUCGCGGAGACUGGGUGCUGGCGGCAGACUCCGCAGGGCGGGUGGUGCCCACGCCGGUGCUGCUCUUCCUGGACCGGGACUUGCAGCGCCGCGCCUCUUUUGUGGCUGUGGAGACCGAGAGGCCCCCCCGCAAGCUGUUGCUCACACCCUGGCACCUGGUGUUCGCCGGCGUGUUCGCGCCGCUCACCGCGCAUGGGACGCUGCUAGUUAACGACGUCCUCGCCUCGUGCUACGCGGUGCUGGAGAGUCACCAGUGGGCACACCGCGCCUUUGCUCCUUUGCGCCUGCUGCACGCGCUGGGGGCGCUGCUUCCCGGAGGGGCGGUCCAGCCGACGGGCAUGCACUGGUACUCCAGGUUCCUCUACUGGUUGGCGGAGGAGCUGCUGGGCUGAGCGUUCUAGACUUAGUAACCUCGAGGCACCCGCCGGAACCAGGGCCUGGGGGCUGAGAUCUAGGGCUGUGGGCAGCGAAUGAUGUUGAUUGGGCGGGAGGGAGGGAGGAAUAGGGAGAAAAAUGGAGGCGAUGCGGGACUGCCUAGUUUAGGGGCAACCUCCUAGGGAAGAGGUGCUCCCAGGUCCUAGGUAGGUGGGAUGGAUAGUGGGUACUCCUUGACAAAGUCUAUUUCGCCUCUUCUUCCCCAGUCCCACCCGAUAAUUUUAUUUUCUAUUUAUAAAUCAUAAUAUAAUGAUCUGCUUGCCCAGCCUGGCAAGGUGAGGGGCUGGGGCACAGACACGGCGUUAACACUGUCUUACACAGCCAGUCAAUCUGACGUCUGACAUUUUCCUACAGGUGGGCUAAUAAAGGGAAAGUUUCCGGGA